AUAUAAAAAAAAAACAUCGAGGUCCAGGAGCGAAGGACUCGGUGCGUCAACAAGAUGUCUCGAACCGUCGCAAUCGUUGUAGUGGCAUUAGUGACUCUUACUAUUGAGGCAACAGUCUUACCAAGUGGAGGGUACAGCGACGUGGAAGUUGGCAUCGCAGGUGGAAAAAACGCCACUCCAGGGCAGUUCCCAUGGCAUGUUAAGCUGAUUAUCACAGCGAAUGGCACAACUUUCCUGGGCGGGGCAAGUUUAAUAACACCAACCGUUGUCAUCACAGCAGCCCACUGCGUAAACUGGGUUUCACCUGAUGUAACCGUCAUCGGAGGUCUGAAGUGGGUUGAUCCGCCGAGUACAGUGCAGCGCCGAAAAGCAGACAAGUUCAAGAUUCAUCCGAAAAUCUUCGGCCAAUGCAGAGAUGACAUCGCACUAAUCAAGCUGAAGGCUCCAUUCGAUAUCAAAGCGAGUAACGGCACGAUCGGUACUGUUAAUUUGCCUCCAAGAAAUCACGAAGUGAACGGCGAAGUCGUCGUCACAGGAUGGGGAAGAAUUUCAGACACGGAACGGUCAACAACUCUGCGGUACGCAACGAUUCCUGUGGUCGAUGACAGUGUAUGCGCCACAAGGUUCCCUUGCUACACUGAGAAGAAGCUAUGCGCGGGAGGUGGCGGAAGAGGCAUCUGUCCGGGUGACUCCGGUGGCGGUGCAGUGGAGUACACGAAUAAAUCAGCCGUCUUGGUCGGUAUUUCGUCUGGGGGAGGAGGUGGUUGCGGAAAAAUUCCCGCCUAUUUUGUCCGCGUGUCGUCUUACCUCGACUGGAUCAAUUCCAACAGCAUUUGAACAACAAUAUGAAUUUACAUACGCGAUGAUAAUAGUUUAAUUUGCCAUUUUCUUAACUGGUCCCUGUUGUUACUCUAGGACGGAAUCCUUCACCGCGAUAAUCACUUGUGAACAGUAAAUACCAAAUUGUUUCUGUGUGAUUUGUGCAUUUUUUUCCCAUACCGUUGCUCUUUUCGUGAAAGUAAAUUUAUGCCAACUGCAAGAAGUAAAACAAGAAAAGGAGAUGUUUUUUCAGGCAUGUGUCGUUAUACUUUGCUUGGCUGGAUGUAUUGUUUUUGCUCAUACACUUUACUGAAAAAAAAAAAAAAACAUUUAUGGACGCACAUGCAUGCAUUGUGCGAAGAAAUGUACAAAAUAAUGGUGCACAAUGUAGUGUACAAAAUAAUGGUGGUUGUUACAAUCCGCGUUACGCAUAUAGCACGAAACAUUCCUUUACGAAAAGUCGGAAUGGGGUACUGGUAUACAAUGCACUACCGCGGAAGUGUGCAUCUAGACAAAUCGUAAAGAAAUAAAAACAAAAUAAAAGUCAC